AUGAUGGGCUCGGGAAACCUAGAGGCCAAACAGACUGUUUUUGUGGCUGGGGGUUCCGGUGGACUCGGAAAGGCAGUCGCGAAACUUGUUGCGUCUCGAGGUUCCCACAUGGCAAUAUUUGGUCGUAGGAUAGAUGUCCUCGAGGGUGCUAGGAACGAGAUUCAACAGUUGGCCCGAAGCUCAAGCCAGGAGAUCAACGCAGUCGCUGUCAAUGAACUGUUCAAAGCACAGGCUCGAAUCCCUGAUGCGUUGUAUUGCGCCGGGGGCGGGAACCACGCCCAGAACGGGUUUCUCGUGGACAUCACUGCGAAUCAGCUCGAAGCUUGCAUGAAGAACAACUACUAUGGAACCUUGUACCCUAUAAAAUCUUUAGUCGACAUCUGGAUAGAAGACGACCGGAAGAACGCGCAACAGGAGAGCUCUCUACCCAAACUCCGACAAGUCGUCAUCAUAAGCAGCGCUGCAGCCUUCGUAGCGUUACCAGGUUCUAUUGCGUAUACUCCUGACAAAGUUGCAGCCCGCGCACUGGCUGACACACUGAGACUGGAAUUCCUGCGGUAUUCGUGCCCAUCGUCCACGUACAGCGUCCACUGUGCCUUUCCCGGCGACUUCAUAUCCCCCGGCUUUUACCUUGAGCAGCACACCAAAACACCCCUGACCAAACGCAUGCAAGGCACUAACAGCUAUCCAUCCUCGGACAAGUUUGCGUUGCUCAUCAUCGGAGCAGUCGACGAUGGCAAGUUUAUCAUCUGCAAAGACUCGAUUUCGGCUUCGCUUCUCUUUACCAGCAUGACAGGACCUUCGCCUAAACGAGGUCUGGGCAUCAUGGACUCAUUGGUGGGACUGCUGGUGAACUGGUUUGUUUGGUCAGCGCUGCGGCUCAGAUGGGAAGCCCUGUGUAAGAAAGAUGGAGAAGAAUGGAGACAGAAGAGAGUUUGCUAAGCUAAAGGAGCUGUUUAAGAAGGACGCGACGGCGAACGAGAAUAACCUCCAAACAGAGUUUCUAGAAUAUAACCAUCUCGGCAGUAAAAUCUUCGAUGAAGGGGAG